CACAUGGAACCAAGAAAUAACACGCAAAUUCCAGAAUUUAUUCUUCUGGGAUUUUCAGAGGCAACAGAACUACAACUUCUCAUAUUUGGACUUUUCCUCUCCAUGUAUCUGAUCACUGUGAUUGGGAACCUACUCAUCAUCUUGGCCACUAUCUCGGACUCCCACCUGCACACACCCAUGUACUUCUUCCUCUCUGUGUUAUCUCUUGUAGACAUCUGCUUCACCUCCACAAGCAUCCCAAAGAUGCUAGUGAACAUCCAAAUGCAGAGCAAGGUUAUUAGCUACACAGGCUGCAUCACCCAGAUGUGCUUUUUAUUGCUAUUUGCAGGGUUAGAUGACUUUCUCCUGGCUGUGAUGGCCUAUGACCGCUUUGUGGCCAUCUGUCACCCCUUGCACUACACAGUAAUUAUGAGCCCUCAGCUUUGCAUGUUAAUGGUUCUGGUGUCCAGUAUCAUCAGUGCCCUGCAUGCCUUGCUACAGAGCUUGAUGGUGCUACGGCUGUCUUUUUGUACAGACGUGGCAAUCCCCCACUUUAUCUGUGAACUUAAUCAAGUGGUCCAUCGUGCUUGUUCUGACACCUUUCUUAAUGAUGUGGUGAUAUACUUUGCAGCUGUCUUAUUGGCCCUUGCUCUCCUUACUGGCAUCCUUUAUUCUUACUCUAAGAUUGUUUCCUCCAUUCGUACAAUCUCUUCAUCUCAGGGGAGAUAUAAAGCAUUUUCUACCUGUGCAUCUCACCUCUCAGUUGUCUCGUUAUUCUACUGCACUUGCAUAGGUGUGUACCUUAGUUCUGCCAUGACACACAACUCACACUCAGCUGCAACAGCCUCAGUGAUGUACAUAGUGGUCACACCCAUGCUGAACCCAUUCAUCUACAGUCUGAGGAAUAAGGACAUUAAGAAUACUCUGAAAAGACUGUUUAGGAAUAAAAGAAAAGUGCCUACUGUACUGAGACUGAAAAAGUGA